AUGGCCCUAUGCGCUGUUUUGCACCAGAUACUGAGGCAAGAUCGUCUUCUGGCUUUGAAGGCAGAGGUCAACAUCACCCAAGCGGGAGACGCUCUAACUGGGUCACUGACACGCUUAUGGGGUCUCCUCGAAGAGGUCUUACUCCACGUCAGUCUCCAACAAAGCCCCAUCAUCUGUAUUUUGGAUGCGUUGGACGAAUGUGACCAAAAUGAUGGCAAAGAACUAUUUCGCAAAACCACAAACUUCUGCAAAGCCGAGAGAGAGCAAAACACCAAGUCGAAGUGGAAGUUUCUGUUGACUACUCGACCUACGCCGCGAAUUCUCCGGGGAACUGGCCGAGGUACCCAAGAUAUCCUUGGAUCCUCGAGACAAUCCUCAGGAUCUGUCUUCAGAAAUUGA